UCCUACGACCAUGGCACUUGUCCGGGCCGCCGCCGCAGUCGCCUCUCUUCUCGCCACGACCUGUUGCGGCAAGGAGUUCUCGGCCAGCGUCUCCGAGAUCGACGUCAUCCCGCUCAUGCCCUACGAGCCCUACACGCUGCCUCGCAUGCGGUGGGCCGAUCUCAACCGCGCUUUGGGCAGUGAGGCCGGUGACAAGAUGCUCAAGACCACGGAAAUCGACACGCUCCUCGGCAAGAUUGGCGUGCUCAAGGAAGAUAAGGCGGCUUUCGACAAGCUCUCGUCCAUGGAAGUCCAGGCGCUUUACGGCGACUCGGAGUUUGAGAAGGAAAAGGACGUGCUCGUGGCGCUCGAGUUGUACGGCGAAGGCGACGUUGCCUCGGGCAUUGAGAUCCUCGAGCAAUUGCAAAGCUACAUCGAGCGCACGCGCGGGAAGGAUCAUCCGCUGUACGCCAACGGGCUCGCCGACCUCGGCCUCGGGUACAUGCUUCAGCGCGACUUUACCAAAUCUCACGAGCUUCUCAUCGCUGCCAUGACGCUAGACGAAGCCAACCAAGACAACUUUGGCGUCUACAACCUGGCUGCGUCCAUCAACCUCAUGGGCACGUCGGCGCUGCGUUCGGGCGGCGGCCAGUUUGAGGCGCUCAGCGCCGCGUACGAGACGGCGUUCAACGCGCUACACAAGAUCGAGCAUCCGGCGCGCUACGAGAUCGUUGCCAACAUGGCCAACAUGUACCGCAUGCAUUGGCGUCCGCUGCGUGCGAUCCAAAUGUUCAAGAUCGCCAAGCAGUUCGACGCGCCGCCACGGUAUAGCGGCGACGUGGCGCAUGGCCUUGGGCUCAGCUACCUCAUGAUGGGCGAAGCCAAGCAAGCCAAGGACCUUUUCCAAUCGGCCAUCGAGAGCUACAAACUACACGGCAAGGACACGACGCGCAGCCACGUCGAUGCGACAUUCCAGCUGGCCACCGCUGAAAUCAUGCUCGGCCAGUACGGGCGCGCCUUGCGGCAUUUGCAAACGCUGCGGAAAUCCACGCAUGUCGACGCCAACCCGCUGGCGCAAGCACUCGUGAUGACGACGCUCGGUCAAUGCCUCGUUGAAAUGGGCUACGUGGAGCAGUCGAUCGCGAUGCUCGCAGCUGCUCUCGCCCGCCUCGAGUCGGCCGAGCCCGUCGCAGCAGCAAACGACCUUGCCCCGUAUCUACCCUUUAUCCACAUCAAGCUCUUGCACUGGACAGCGACGGCGCAUGAAAAGCAGGAUGCGAAUGCGACCGCCACCGCCGCCCACCACACGACCGCGUACGAGCGCAGUGCAUACGUUCUGGGCGAGAACCACCGCGUGACGCAGCUGCAUCAGGCGAAAAUCACCAGCUAAGAACGUAUUUGGUUGCAUACGA